AUUCAAAAACUAAAAAUGGGGCUGCUUUUGUCGGUUAACGCCGGUUCGGCUUUUGACGCACGGGUAGUUGUCUUUGAAUAUAACGGAGCCCCGAGCAGUAAAAAAACCAAAACCGUUUUAGUCGGCAAAGGAAUUAUGUUCGACUCGGGCGGCAUGAAUCUCAAACCUUCGCUCAACAUGCUCGGUAUGAAGUUUGAUAUGUCCGGAUCAGCCGUGGUGGCCGGAGUUAUGAAAGCCAUCGCUACGCUCAAACCCAAAACUAACGUAGCCGGUUUAAUGAUGAUUACCGACAACAUGAUCUCUCCCUUUGCAUCUACGGCCGACUCGGUCUUUACUUCCAUGAGCGGAAAAACAGUCGAAGUCAAUAACACCGACGCCGAAGGAAGAUUAGUUUUGGCAGACGGCAUCACUUACGCAAUUGAAAAGCUCGGUGCGACGCGCGUGAUAGACAUUGCCACCCUAACGGGUGCGAUCCUAAUUUCACUUGGCGACACUUACACGGGCGCUUGAGCAAGCACCGACCGAGUUUGGGAAGACCUUUACUACGCUAGUCAAGACGCUCAUGAGUUAGUUUGGCGCAUGCCAUUCCACGAAAACUUUGCCAAAAACAUCCGCCAAUCUUUGGUAGCCGACCUUAAAAACGUCGACUACAAAGCACCCAACAAAGGUAACUCCUGCUCAGCCGCCAUGUUUUUGAAAGAGUUUACUCAGAACUGCGAAUUUCUCCACUUAGAUAUCGCUGGUACAGCCCAAAUUAACGAAGUUCCCCAGGCGCCGAUGGUGCGCACGCUCUACGAAAUGGUUAGCAAAUAA